AUGGCCCUGCCGGUCUCGCCGGCCGCGAGUCGCGUCGGGGGCCCCGCCGCCGUCCGACGUGGCCGACCGCGCGGCCCCACGUGCCCCCGCCGGGCUCGGCCAGGGACCUCCGCGUGGGCCACGCCUGCCUCCCGCGACCCUCCCGUAACCAACCGCCUCCUUACACACACUCCGCAAACCAAACCUUCCAGCCAGAGCAACAAGCCGGCAAGAAACACCCAUCGACCCGCCCAGCAACAACACAGCUCGGGCGACUCCCUUCCUUGCUCGCUAGCUUUGCGCGCCAUGGCUCCGGCGACGGCGGACGCGGCGGGGGUUGGGGCGGGGCCGGCGGUGGGGAGGGUGAAGACGGCGCUCGGGGUGGCGGCGUGCGAGCGGGACGCGGAGAAGCUGGAGCUGAUCGAGCAGCUGACCAAGGGGUUCGACGACGAGCAGCAGAGGGUGCUGGCGGCGAUCCUGGCGCGGAACAACGGCGCCGAGUACCUCCGCCGGCACGGCAUGGAGGGCUGCACCGACCGCGACGCCUUCAAGGCCCGCGUCCCCGUGGUGACCUACGAGGACCUCCGCCCGGAGAUCGAGCGCAUCGCCAACGGCGACCGCUCCAACAUCAUCUCCUCCCACCCCAUCUCCGAGUUCUUGACCAGCUCGGGGACGUCAGCCGGGGAGAGGAAGCUAAUGCCGACCAUCGAGGAUGAGCUGGACAGGAGGCAGAUGCUCUACAGCCUCCUCAUGCCCGUCAUGAACCUGUUCGUCCCGGGGCUGGACAAGGGCAAGGGGCUCUACUUCCUCUUCAUCAAGUCGGAGACCAAGACGCCCGGCGGGCUGCCGGCGAGGCCAGUGCUGACCAGCUACUACAAGAGCGACCACUUCAAGUACCGCCCGUUCGACGCGUACCAGGUGUACACCAGCCCCACGCCGGCCAUCCUCUGCACCGACUCCUUCCAGUCCAUGUACUCGCAGAUGCUGUGCGGCCUGCUGGUGCGCACCGAGGUGCUCCGCGUCGGCGCCGUCUUCGCGUCCGGCUUGCUCCGUGCCAUCCGCUUCCUGCAGCUCCACUGGAAGGAGCUGGCCCGCGACAUCGAGACCGGCACGCUCAGCGCCAAGGUGGUGGAGCCGUCCAUCCGCGCCGCCGUGGCCGAGGUCCUCGAGCCCAACCCGGACCUCGCGGCGUUCGUGGCGGCGGAGUGCGCCAAGGACAACUGGGAGGGGAUCAUCACCAGGAUGUGGCCCAACACCAAGUACCUGGACGUGAUCGUGACGGGGGCCAUGGCGCAGUACAUCCCCACGCUCAAGUUCUACAGCGGCGGGCUCCCAAUGGCGUGCACCAUGUACGCCUCCUCGGAGUGCUACUUCGGGCUGAACCUCCGCCCGAUGUGCGACCCGUCGGAGGUCUCCUACACGAUCAUGCCCAACAUGGGGUACUUCGAGCUGAUGCCGCACGACCCGGAGGCGCCGGCGGUGUCCAUGGACGACCCGCCGCCGCGCCUCGUGGACCUCGCCGACGCGGAGGUCGGCAAGGAGUACGAGCUGGUGAUCACGACGUACGCCGGGCUGUGCCGGUACCGCGUGGGCGACAUCCUGCAGGUGACCGGGUUCCACAACGCGGCGCCGCAGUUCAGGUUCGUGCGGCGCAAGAACGUGCUCCUCAGCAUCGACUCGGACAAGACGGACGAGGCGGAGCUGCAGGCGGCGGUGGAGCGCGCGGCGAGGCUGCUGGCGCCCUACGGGGCCAGCAUCGUGGAGUACACGAGCGAGGCGGACGCGACGACCAUCCCGGGGCACUACGUGGUGUACUGGGAGCUGAUGCUCAAGGACUGCCGCGAGGGGCUGUGGCCGGAGGCGGCGGUGUUCGAGCGGUGCUGCCUGGAGAUGGAGGAGGCGCUCAACUCGGUAUACCGGCAGGGGCGGAACGGCGACGCCAUCGGGCCGCUGGAGAUCAGGGUGGUGCGGGGUGGCACCUUCGAGGAGGUGAUGGACUACGCCAUCUCCCGGGGCGCCUCCAUCAACCAGUACAAGGCGCCACGGUGCGUCUCCUUCGGCCCCAUCAUCGAGCUGCUCAACUCCAGGGUGCUCUCCAAGCACUUCAGCCCCGCCUGCCCCAAGUACGGACCGCCCAAGAAGUGACCACCAGCUGCUGGUUGGACUCGAUCCAAUCGGUCGACGGAUUAUGGCGUCGAUCGAUCCGUCCGUCCGUCCGUCCAUGCCAUUCAGCUAGCAUACAUACACUACUUUGCUGCUGCUACUAGUCGAUGUGUCUACUAAAAUAAUGUGUUGUACGAACCUGUUUGUUGUGUCCUGUGUGACAAUUCCUAGCUACUUUUAAUUGCUGUUGGCUGGCUCGUCGUCCAGUACUUAUUAGAUUGUGCUAGUAGUUACUAAUGCAACUAUCUGUCGUGUCAUUUCUUAUGUGGAGUCAA